AUGAACACAGAGAAGUUAAAAAGGUUCCUAACUGGGUUGGUGGUAGGAUUAGGCAUAGCGGCCUUGAUUCUCUCCGCCAAUGCCACAAGGCCCGAGAAGCCGGAGGAUAUCAGGUUGAACGAGAGGGGUGAAUGCGUGUACCCCAUGAGCCUGUCUUUCGUGGUGGGUUUGGCCGAGCUGGCUGUCCUUGUGGGCUGCGUCUCGUAUUUCACCUUCAAACAAGGAUGCUGCUGCGUGCGCCGCGACGGCGUCUCUGAAUGGAGCUUCGCGCUGGGCAUCUUCUUCGCUAUCAUCGCAUGGUUAUUGACGUUGUGGGCGGUACGAUUAUAUCUCGUCGACGUGGAGGCGAUCUGGCCGGGGAGGCGUGGUAAACCCCCGGAGUGUUACGCCUCUCUUAAGACGGAUCACCAUCGCCUUAUGGAGAAAGCAUUCAGACCCUUCAUCUUUGCCAUCCUCUUUGCAAUCGGCUCCUCCAAGAAACUUUCCCCCCCUCCUCCUGUAGAAACCCAGCUAGCUAGCUAG